AGCAGUCCCACAGUAUUUGAUAAAUUGGUGGACGUCUUGGUGUUCGAUACACAAGGGAGGAGGCAUAAUCUGCGGGGCAGGGAGGGACAACUUCUAGUGGACUUGCUGGCAGAGCAUGAGGAGGUCUUAGGAUCAGGCGUUGUUGGGCUUUCACCAGAGGGACGAGGGGUGAUGGAAGCAGUGGUGUCUAUCCCCAACCAGUACCUUGCUCAGAUACCUCCACCCAGCCCUGAGGACCUGCGAGCCCUUGUAGAGCUGUCACCCUCAGGCACAACUGUGUCGAAAAAUGCGCGGCUGGCGAGCAAGAUCCUCCUGACAUCGGCGCUGGAUGAUGUGCACAUUGCGCUGACCCCUCUACAGCCAUGGAGGACCUUGUGAUGACCGAGCAGAGGGUGGUUGAACAUGCAACAGAGGUCUUUUUAAAGCCUCCCAUCAGGCUGCGCUUGUGGGUCAAUGGGUAGAAGGUAGAAGGGAAUCAAUUAGUAAUUAUGGUCCAGACAGAUUUUUGUAAUAAUAAUAAUAGAAAUGCCAUCUAGAACUCUUGUUGCAGAAAGAAUCCAGUGGGACAGGACAGAUGAGCUUCUCGCCAUCUUGAUCAUGAUUUGCAGAGUUGCCAUGGCAGUAUGUAAUAGUCAUCUCUCGU